AUGUUUACUCGUUCAGCAAUUGCUGCAAUCUUGGCAGUGGCGCCAGCUAUCCUAGCUGCCCCUGCCCCCGCUCCUCAAGUCACCGAGCCAGCAUCCUUCGGUCCUGAUGUCCAGGUCUCAUACCAAGCUCAAAGUACCGCUGGUCCGGACUACCCACUCGCCGAGGAGCUCGGUGAUGGAUACACCAGCGCCACGUACCAUGGUCCGUACACCGGCACGCCAACAACCACCGGUGCGGCGAAUGGACCAACCACUCUUGCCGCCUCCAUCCCGCCCUUGCCAUUGAACCCGACGGCGACCUACUAUAACACUGGUGGCAAACCCAUUAACCCUUUACCAGCUCCAUACACACCGGCUGGCGGUCUGGGCACGAACGGCACGCUCCCACGCUACAUGGUGGAGAGUGACUUUGAUUACGAGUCGAUCGCGUUGGGCUUAUACCAGGAAUGGAUUGAGCUCGAUCUCUUCCACGACGGCCUCGCUCGCUUCUCCGAAGCCGAAUUUCUCGAGGCCGGCCUCACUUCCGAGUACAUGUCCCUCAUCGAAUUCAUGGCCGAUCAGGAAACCGGCCACUCCACCCUGUUGACCAACAUGCUCGGCGAGACUGCACCCAAGCAGUGCGUCUAUGACUAUCCAUACAACACCGUCCGUGAAUGGCUCGACUUUAUGCAGCGUCUGACUCGUUUCGGAGAAUCAGGCGUCUGGGGUUAUAUCAACCAUCUCGACUCGCGUGAAGUUGGCCAGCUUCUGGCUCAGUCCAUCGCUACCGAGGCUCGCCAGCAGCAGAUCUUCCGCCAGAUGAGCGGUCUUACUCCGAUGGAUGUAUGGUUCGAGAACGGCUGGCCUCAGUCGUGGUCAUGGACUAUGCUCGCUCCUUACAUCAGCUACUGCCCAGAGAAUCAGACUCGUCUCGCAUGGCAAAAUUUCCCCGUUCUUCACAUUUUGAACAACGCCAACAUCAACCGCUACUCGCCCAACGACACCGCCCAGGAUGGUAGCGAGGUCACUGGCUCCCGUAUCACUGACCCGUCGAUUUCCAACCUAACGUCAGGUUCAUGCGAGAACCUCAACGUUACCGGCUACGGUUGCGGCCCAGCGAUUGGACACAACAAAUCAGAACCCCUCUCCUUCCCUGGCAAGAAAGUCCUCUUUGCUUGGGAUGCCCCUGGCCAAGCGGUGGGUCCCAACAACAGCUACGUAACGUCUACAGCCGCAGGAGCACCUGCCUGGGUAGGAUGGAGCCAGCAGCUCAAUUUAACAUAUUCCCCAUUGACCCUCACAUCAAAUUCCACCGGUUACACGUACCAGCCCGAGGGUUUUGUUUACGGCUCUGACGGCAUCAUCAACGGCACCAUGGCCAUUAUGCUCACAGACCUCGACCUAUUCGUUACGCCGUUCAACACCUCCAUGUUGAACCCCCACAUUGUGGCACUGGGGCUCUACAUGGCAGGCUAG